AUGAGCGGUCAAUUAGAAACAACAGACAACGGCGAUGAUACUUCUUUGAGUUUGAAAAAGGCUGAUAACAUGGUAAUCAAUGAGGAAUUUAAAAUUUGGAAAAAAUCUGUCCCAAUGUUAUAUCAACACAUAACCACAUAUAAACCUGGGUUUCUUAAAAAGUUCACCAAAGAAUCAAUCAUUCCCAAAAAAUUUAUUUUUCAACCCGAUAAAACUAUUAAGGAUGAAAAGUUUACUGAUACUAUUAUAGAUACACCAUUGUACUACUCUUAUGGUAGUGAGGUCUAUCAAUUAGACUGUAAAUUACCAAAGGGUUUAAUGAGCAACGAUAAUUUAAAUUCAGAUAAUGAUAUAGAGGCUGACCAAUUGCUAUUUGGAAGCGGUGAUAUCAAUAAUGUGCAUGAAAGCGACCAAAACAGAUCAAUUUUUUCAUAUCAGGGUGAAGAUAUAAUUAAAUUGCAGACCUAUAAAACAAUUGGUGGUAAAAAUACUAACAAUAACGGCAAAUUAUUAGUUAUGUCAACUAGCGGCUCUUUGGCCUGGUUUGAUAGAAAUGUCAGUAAAUAUCCAUACAAAGUUAUAACAGAGUAUGUUGGACCGUCAACAUCAUAUUCUGUGAUCCAUGAUAAUCACAUAUCUAGUGGCAAAAGGACUACCGGCAAACCACCACUUUACAUUCAAAGUGGCAUUGCUAGUGAUAAUAUGUUUUGUGAUUUUGCUGUUAGUGAGUCUGGUGAAACAAUAGUUAAAACACACGGUGCUAACGGGUCAAUAAUAAAAAUAGUUGACAAUUAUAGCAGGCCGGGACAGGUUUUAAACACUUUGAAACUAGGUGAUUCGACUAAUUAUGUCCAUACUGUCAGGUUUAUGGAUAAUAACAUCUUUGCUUGCUGUUCUACAGAUAACACAAUCAAAUUUUAUGAUUGUAGAGCGUUGGAUAGUGACAUUGAUAGGAAGCCUAUUUGGGACAUACACACAUCUACUGUUGAAAAUGAAACUCUAUUAUCCUUUGAUAUAUCCCCACAUGUGGAAACUUUCCUUUUGACCGGGUCAUCCGCAGGGAAUAUUAAAUUAUGGGAUUUACGUUCAUGUCUUGCUAGCGAUGAUACUAUUAUUAAAGGAACCAAGGAAUUGGGAUUGUUAUAUCAUGAAAAUGCCGAUCCAGUGAUUGACAUUCAAUUCAGUCCACAUUUGGCUACAGAAUUUUUAAGUGUUGGUAGCCAGUCUGGAUUUAUUUAUCACUGGGAUAUAAACCCAAUUAUGCAAAUAUGGGAGGAGAAACGUGCUAAAUUGGAAAAAAGAGAGAAAUUGAAAGAGGAGAGGAAGAAAAUGAAAAAGGCACGGGAUAGAGUGAGACAAGAGAAUGGGGAAGAUGUUAAUAUUGAAGACGACGAUGACGAUGAUGACAAUGAGAAUGACAUCGAUGUUAUGGGAUCUACUAAUGAAGGUAAAGACCAAAAAAAUAAGGCACAAACUACCUCAUCAUCUUCAACUAAAGAGCAUGAUGAAGAUUUUGAUUAUUCAAUGAGUUCUGAAGAAUAUGAUGUGCUGGUUUCGUCAUGUAUCAAGUUUCUUCACACUAGCGGUGGAAGAAGAAAAAAGAGGUGUUGUUAUAAAAAUCAAGUCUAUUGGCAUCCUGAUAUUGAUGGGGUUAUUGGAUGCAUUGAUUCUGAUGGCACCUUCGAACUUUACAAGGGUUAUUAUGGUAAAGAUAAAGAUCUUCAUUGA